AUGUAUUGGUCAGGUGAUGUAUUUGGGGUCGAAGGCACUACCAGUCGCAAGUCGAUUUUAGAACAAUCAACAAUGGAAUGCGGUAUUCAGGAUUUCUACAAAGACAAAGUCGUGUUUCUAACAGGCGCAACCGGAUUUUUGGGAAAAGUGAUAAUUGAAAAGCUUUUACGAGCUACGGAUGUGAAACGCAUAUACGCCAUGGCCAGGCCCAAACGAAAUCUGGAUAUUCAGGCACGAUUUCAGGCUUGGCAAGAGGAUCCACUCUUCGAAGUCCUGCUGAAGUCAAAACCCCUGGCUCUUCAGCGGGUAUCUACCAUCGCUGGGGAUUGCAUCGAGCACGAUUUGGGGAUUAGCAUUAAGGAUCGCCAGCUGUUGGCUUCCGAGGUUCAGAUCUUCAUCCACGGAGCUGCCACGGUGAGGUUCAAUGAGCCACUUUCCGUAGCUCUCAGCAUCAACACUCGAGCCACUAAGCUGAUGCUCCAACUGGCUAAGGAAAUGAAACACCUUGAGGCCUUCCUCCACAUCUCCUCGGCGUUCUCCAACUGCCCCGUCUUCCAUAUCGAAGAGAGGUUCUAUCCCGAACUUUUAAGCCUCGAUUCCGAGAAAAUUUUGGCCAUGAGUGAGAUGGUGGGACCCAAAAUAAUAGACAAUAUGUCCUCUGUACUGGUUGGAACUUUCCCCAAUACCUACACGUACACGAAGGCCCUGGCUGAGGACGUGAUCCUCAGAGAAGCCGGUGACCUUCCGCUGAGCGUGAUUCGACCGGCAAUUAUUGUUGCCAGUUACAAAGAACCUGUUUGCGGAUGGAUUGAUAAUCUCUACGGCCCGAUUACCCUUAUAUAUGGAGUAGCCCAUGGAGUUGUACGUUUGUUCAUCUGUAACAAGAAGGCUUCCUGCAGUGUCGUUCCAGUGGAUUACUGCGCCAAUAUGGCCUUGGCCAGCAUCUGGAAAACGGCAAAAAAGGACACUGUUAGGAAGUUAAAGGACAAUCCGCCCAUUUACACACUAGCGCCGAGUAAGACAAACUUGCUUUCAAAUCCGGACUUCGAAAUGUAUACAUUGAGCCAUCGGCAGGACUUUCCGAUUAAUAAUAUGAUCUGGUAUCCGUUUAUCCACACCGUCCCAAAACCUUGGCUGUAUCCUAUAGCCGCCUUCUUUUAUCACACAAUACCCGGAUAUAUUUUCGAUUUGAUUCUGCGUUUGGCGGGAAAGAAACCCCGAUUGGUUAAUAUCUAUAGAAAGAUACACAUUAAUUUUGCCACUAUUCAGCACUUUUUGCUUCACAAUUGGGAAUUCGAAACAAACAGCGUUGAUAAAUUAAGAUCCUUAAUGUCCAUUGAAGAACGACAAAUGUACAAUUUUGACAUGAAGGCUCUGGACUGGAAGGAAUAUUGGAAAACUGCCCUGUUUGGCAUGCGACUUUAUUUGGGAAAAGAGGCUCCAACUAAGGAAUCCCUUGAGGCUGGACGACGACUGCUAAAGCGGUUGAAGUUAUUACACUAUGGAUUCGUGACCGUGCUCCUGUUCGUGGCUGGGUUCCUACUCUGGUCACUGCUAAAAUUCAUCAUUGGAUAUUAUUAGUUUUAGAAUUCAGAAGGCUAUUUUUGAGCGUUAUUUAUCAAAGGUAUAGGAAUAUAUGGAAUAAGUUAAAAUUUCUAAUUUAUUUUUGUUUUUGUUUAUCGUGGUCUGGUAACUGGGUCUGUGUUAAUUAUAUGAUGUAAUUUGACCUGAAAUAAAAUAUGCCAAAUAAUCGAA